UCCUAUACCCGGAAUGCCUCAAGGUUUUAGUUUAGAGAGCAAUGGGUGCGACUUUCAUUGCGCAUUCAGAUUUAGGGUUGUAGUUGUGUUUCUGCUGAAUAUUUCACACAUUUCGUGUCCACGCACAGCUGAGCAUCGCAAUGUCCGACGUGGAGAUCCGCGAGUACCGCGAUGGCGACGUCUCUACGGUGCGAGAGAUCUUCUCGCUGGGCAUGAGCGAACUUGUGCCGGCGUCCUUCGUGCACAUCCUCAAGCAGCCGCUGAGUCAGAUGCUGCUGAUGUGCACCUUCUGCACCCUGCUGGCUAGCUCCAAGUCCUUCAUGCUGCCCGUUCUCGCCGUCACGCUGCUGCUGGCCGCCGCCCGCCAAAUGCUGGUGCAUAAGUUCAACGCCUAUAUCGACAAUUGCUGCAGCACAGACCUCAGAACCAUCGGCGAGACCUACAUGGCCCCCAGGGACGCCUGCUUUUGGGUGGCCGAAAGUGAGGGCCGCGUGGUGGGCAUGGUGGCCUGCCUGCCCAGGAACGGCGACCCCGACUGCCUGGAGCUGAAGCGCAUGUCGGUGCGGCGCAGCCAUCGCCGCAUGGGCAUGGCCAAAAAGCUGUGCCGGACAGUGGUGGACUUCACGCGCGACAGAGGCUUCGCCUCCGUGGUCCUGAUCACAUCGGUGGUCCAGACGGACGCGCAGAAGCUGUACGAGGGCAUGGGCUUCCGCAAGGUGCGAGAGUUUUUGGAGCCCGACGUCGUCACCAAGCUCUCAAACUUCUUGCUCCUUGAGUACAGACUGGACCUGUGCAAAGACGACGCGGAAAAGUGAAAAAGUGCACAUUCCAGGUCUACUUUUGUUGUAAAAUUUUGUGCUGAAAUUCACGAGUGUAUUUUAGACAUAAGUAGAAGGAAAAUGAAAAAAAAAAUCGUCAGAUUUAAGCUUGCAAAAAUCACAGCAACAAACUUCCCUACCUCUUACCUAUUUACCAAAUUAAUAUAUUAUU